UCUUAAAUUCUUUGGAGAGAGGGUUAGGGAAGUUGGCUGUAAUGAAAAUAAAGUAUAAGGAUUUAAGUUUGCUUCUGGUAUAUAAAAUGCAAUAUGAAAGCUAUUUCUUAAAGGCCAUGGGCCAUAAAGUGUUUUGAAAAAAAUGCCUCAGGAUAGUGACUUUGCAGUUAUUUAAGUUGGCUCAAUUUUCUCAUCAAUCUCCUCAGGACAAAUAGCUUGAAGCUGGAAGGUAUAAAGAAACUGUGGGGGAAAGAGGGCUAUCUCCCUAGGAAGGAGAGCAAGACUGGGGAUGAAGCAGAAGCUCUACCUAUUCCUCCAGAAAGUGCCAUAAUGGACAAUCUAGAUCAAGUUAUAAGGAAAAAGGAUCAAGUCUUUACCCAGUCUAAAGAGGAGAAAGACAAGCAGCUGUUGGCAUCAUCGUUAUUCGUUGGGCUUGGAUCAGAAAAUACAAUUAAUUUGCUGGGAAAAGCAGACAUGAUGUCUCACAAGUUCAGAAGGAAACCAAAAGUCAAGGAAGCCAAAAAUGAAGAAGCAGCCAGUGCUCAUAAUAUGAGAUCGUCUUCCCUCAGUUCUUUGUCAAAUGUGGCCUAUGAAGAUGAUGAUUAUUUGAACACUUUGCAGGAUAGAGGAGAUAAGGAACUAAAGAUAUUUUCUCCUAGUUCAGAACUUUUGGAUUCUGAGUCUCUCACAGAACUGCCCUUGGUUGAAAAACUCUCAAAUUGUAGUCUUGCUGCAACUUCUUUGUUUGCUGAUAACAACAUGGAAAUUUUUCACCCUCCUUCCUCUAUUACAGCCUCAGAUGCUAAGGAAAUCACUUUAGCUUCUUCUUUGUUGGAAGGAAGUACUGAGUAUAUGCAUUCAAGUCUUUUGGAGGUUUGUGAUAAUGAAAUCAUAUCAUUGUCAUCUUACAAAAUUUGGAAAGAUGAUUGUUUAUUGGUGGUCUGGUCACUCACUAAUAAGAGUGGUUCAGAGUUGAAAAGUGCUAACUUAGAAAUUUUUCCUGAAGAAAACUUCAAGAUCAUUGAGCAACCUGGAUGCUGUCUGCCUACAAUGGAUGCAGAAAGCACUGCAAACUUUCAAUAUAAUGUGCAGAUGGAAAAACCUUUUACAGAAGGGACUAUUUCUGGUUUUAUAACUUAUCAGAUGAUGGAUAUGCAUUCUGUUCAGUUGAGAUUCUCCAUGAACUUAUUGUUAUUAGAUUUUAUUAGACCAUUAAAAAUCUCAACUGAAGACUUUGGAAAACUCUGGUUAUCUUUUGCAAAUGAUGUGAAGCAAAAUAUAAAAACCUCCGAAUCUCAAGCUUCUUUGCCUUCUGCCCUAAAACCGCUGCAGCAGAAACUGAGACUUCAUGUUAUUGACGUUAUAGGCAAUGAAGGGCUUUUGGCCUGUCAGCGGCUCCCAUCCAUCCCUUGCUUAUUGCAUUGCCGAGUUCAUGCUGAUACACUAACCCUGUGGUUCAGAUCCUCCUGCUCUACUCUUCCAUACUAUUUAUCAUAUCAGUGUCAAAAGGUGAUGGAGGGAGCCUAGCAGAAGCUCUGUCUACUUUUACUCUAUCAAGAUACAUGGUUUACAUAAGUAAACUUACUUACCAAAGUAAAAAGAACUCAUGGUACUUCUAUGUACCAUACUUCUAUGCUCAUGGUACUUCUAAUGUAAAAUGGGGAUUAUUUGGUACUUGUAUGAACUCAUGGUACUUCUAAUAUAAAAUGGGGAUUUUUGGGUACUUGUAUGAACUCAUGGUACUUCUAAUGUAAAAUGGGGAUUAUUACACAUUAUGGUUUCUGUGUUUUCUUUUUGAUUCCUGAUCAAGAAAGAUCCCCAGGAAACUGUAUGCCUAACCUUUUACUCAGGAUUGUACAGUAUGUUUAGGUCUCAAAAAAGUGACCUAAGCUAAUGUUAUAAAAUGCUAAUGAUUUAUAUAUCACUUAGUGUAGAGGGACUGAAAAUAUUUAUUUUGUUAUAAAUAAUUUUAUAGUAAGUUUACUCUAGCACUAGCUAAAUUUCAAUAAAGCCAAGACUCAGUUCUCUGCAUUAAUGGAGAGAAGACAUUAAAUUGAUAAUCCCAAACCUAAUUCAAAUUUGACUUUGGAAUGCAGUGUGCUUGUUGGUAGGUAAAUUAAUACUUUCAGUUAUGUUUUGCCUAGGUCAGUGUUGAACCAAGUUGGCAUAGCACACACUGGGGAUCCAUGAGUAUGCUGGAUAUUUGGGAGAGUUGGUCUGUGAUAUAUUUUUUUUUUACUGUGGAUAACUUGCUACACAGAAUUCCAGAUAAUUUGGCUAUAGAAUUUGUCUGAUUUCCAUUUGCAUUUAUUUUAAAAUUUAAAGCGAGUCAUUAUAUUCUUAUUUUAAAAACUCAGAGCCAUUUACAAAAUGUUAUCAUAUAGAAACAGAACCCAUAAGAGCACAGUAUGAAAACAAACCAAUAUAAAGAAGUUUUUGGUAUGAUAAAUAUUUGUUACCAUUUAAGGACUUUUUGGCAAAUUAAAAUUUGUGACUAUGAUAUAAAUAGCAAAACUGUGUUUCCUGGCCUUUGAUUUCAUUUGUACUCAAUGGAUGUAGUUGAAGCAUUGACCAUAUACGUAUGCCAUACAAAUUCUUCAGUAAAAUAUAUCAUAUUCAUGUUAGAGUUGUGCCUACAUGGCUGGUCAGAAUUAUUUUCAGUAAAAGAAGAGGUUAUGCCAAAAAAAAAAGUUAGACCAAAAUCUUGAGACAUUAACUCAAGUAGUAUUUUAUACAACCUUAUGGUACUGUGGAAAAUACUUAUUAUUUUACUUUUUCUGACAUGUCACCAUGGAGACUAUUCGGGUAAUACAAUUUUAAGUCAUUGUGUUAAUAGUCUAGUUAAUUGGUACUGUUUCUCAUCGAGGUCAGGUGUUUUGGUUUUGGAUUAUUCAUCAAUCAUAGUUGAUAAAGAUGCUAAGGCUUUCAUUAGUCAUUUGUAGCUAAAGCAGUAUUUUUUUCCUUAAUCUUUAUUUUAAAAAUGUAACAUCUUGCUAAUUUUACUCUUGUAAAACAUGCGGUAAACCCUUGCUAAAAGAGCAAGAAGUGACUGGAAUUUCCUACAUAAUAGAUCCCUCCUUUUGACAGGUGAUCAGAUUCAUUUUCAUGUUCCCGGCAUUGUCAUGAUGGAGGGAAAGUGCUGACUGGGGGUGUGGGGACACCAGCGGCUUCCCUCAUCAGUCUCCUCUUCGUUCUGCCUGGUGGCAGCCUCUCCUACUCAUACACCUAAACCUGUUGUUCUGACAGAGAGAAAGGAAAUGCUCUCACUUUGCAAAGCAAUGAGCUCUUGGCAUAGGAGGCACUCCUGUUUUUGUGUUCUUCCCUAUGCUUGCAUGAUCACUGAGGCUGAGUCACAGGUUGAGCUGUGGGGGUAAGAUGCCUCGGAAGAACAUGGCCUGCUGUUGGGAGAAGGUCACAGUUUCUCUGCUGCCUUGGUAUAAGGUGUGAUCAUGAGUGGCAACAGCAGUUGUUACAGGACAUGCUUGGCAUAGAAAGCCGUCUAGUGGUAGAUGUAUAAUGGUAGUUUUAGGGCUAGGAGUGUGAUUUGGGGUCUGCCAAGGGACUAUGGUGUCACUUUUCUUUCUGAACCCACUAAAAAAAAAAUAAGAUAAUGGGUUUUCUACUAAAUGUUCAGUAGAAUGUUUACAAUAGAUAUUAAAGAAAUUCAGAGCAGUAUAUAGUCUACCUAAGCUCAUUGACUAUUUUAAGUUCUAAAUCAGGCAUCAUCAUUUUUUUGCAUUAUAAGGGGUAUAAUCAUAAAGUAGGGAGAAUGAUGUAUGAAAAUAGACUCAUUCUCUUCAUAGCUAUACUUUUGUAAGUGAAGGGGCAAAACAUCUGGGUUAACAGAUUUGGGAGGGUUGCUCGGCUGUGUACAUUUUGUGCCAGGCAGGUGGAGGAAGAAGGGUCAGGCUCCCAUCAGAAUAGUUCCCGAGGAGAUGGGUUUGAAAGUGGACCCCAGUUAGGGUCCAGCUCAAGAAGCUGCAGGAUGCUGAGCAGUUACUGAGUGCUCAUGUGCCAAGCCUACCAAGUACAGCAUAUGCUCUGCAGAAGAGCGUUAUUAAAAAAUUUCUCCAUCAUCUACCUAAAGAUUGUGGUAAAAAUGCAGUAUUUUAUGUUUCCUUUAUUUUACUUCAUGCAAGUAAUUUUUUAAACUAUUGAGCUACUUGUCUCAUUUUUUAUAGAUAAACAUUGUCUUUGUCUCAUGAUUGUGAGCCACUGAAAGUGCACUGAACCUUUUCAUGUGUCUUUAAUGUUGCUGUGUCAGAAUUUUAGGAGAUAAAAAUGCAAGCAACUUAACAAUUUAAUAUGCAUUUAUUACCUUAUUUUGGAGUCAAAUUCUGUAAUAUGAAAAAGUUAAAUGUAAUAAAUACAAAGUGAU